AUGAAGAUUGCCGCCGUUUUCCUCAGCGCCUUUUGCGCGGCUGCCCUCGGCAUCCCUCUCGGAGACCAUGUCCAGCACGAGAAGCGCGAGGCGCAUCCUCUUCUGCGCAAGUCUACCGAGGCUGUUGAUGGCACGGUCACGAUUCCGGCCCGCAUCGCCUUGAAGCAGCGUAACCUUGAGCACGGAAUGGAGCUGCUUCUGGCCGUCUCCGACCCUGCCUCUCCCAACUACGGCAAGCACUACACCUCGGAUGAGGUUACGGAGCUCUUUGCUCCCGAUGCCGACUCCAUUGACAAGGUCACCAAGUGGCUCAGGGAGGCUGGAAUCGACAAGGUUACCGUGCCCAAGAGCAGAGGCUUCGUUGACUUUCAGGCCACAACCGAAAAGCUCGAGUCGCUCCUACAAACCAAGUAUCACGUCUAUGAGCACAGAAGCACCGGAUCGCAGCAUCUCGGAGCUGAUGAGUAUCAUCUGCCCCGUGCCAUCUCCGACGUUGUCGACUUCGUGGCUCCGGCCAUCUUUACUGGCGCCCUCAAGAAGAGGGACGACGUCAAUCGCAGGCCCUCUCAUAUCAAGCCAUAUCCCUCAGGAAAAGAAUCCACAGACUGCGAUACUGUCAUUACCCCUCAGUGUAUUGCCGACAAGUACAAGAUCCCCAAGGCUACCCUCAACUCGACUAGCAACCGUCUGGGUGUCUUUGAGGACAACGACGAAAUGUAUAAGCAAUCAGACCUUGACAUUUUCUACGAGGCCUAUGCCCCUAGCAUCCCCAAGGGUACUGGACCCAAGGUCGACCUUCUCAACUUCAAUGGCCAGAAGCCGAAUCCUGAGUAUGCUGCAGGCGAAGCUGCACUGGACUUUGACAUGGCGAUCCCCAUCAUCUAUCCACAGGGAACGGAGCUGUUCCAGUCAAAGGACAAUUUCAGCCGCUCGACGCCUGGAUUUUUCAACGUCUUCCUCGAUGCUAUUGAUGGCUCGUACUGCACGUCCACUGCCUACGGUGAGACCGGUGACGACCCCAAGGUCGAUGGCACUACUAAGAAUGAAGAGUGUGGCACCUUUAAACCUACAAAUGUCAUCUCCGUCUCUUACGGGCUGUCCGAGGCCUGGUGGCCUGUCAACUACCAAAAGAGACAGUGCGAUGAGUUUAUGAAGCUUGGUCUUCAGGGCGUCUCGAUUGUCUUUGCUUCUGGUGACGGUGGUGUUGCUGGCAACCACGGCGGCGAAUGCAAGGGAAGCAACGGUCAAGUUUUCAACCCCGCAGCGCCUGCUUCUUGCCCAUACGUGACAUCUGUCGGUGCUGUAUACAUUCCCGAGGGUAACUCUCUUGAUGACGCCGAAGUUGCCACGACAAGUUUUGCUUCGGGCGGUGGAUUCAGCAACAUCUGGUCCCAGCCCGACUACCAAAAGUCGGCCGUCUCGACCUGGUUCUCCAAGCACGACCCUGGCUUCCCCAACUACUCUACCAAGGAUGGCGUCAUUCCCAAGACUGGCAUUUACAACAAGGCUGGUCGCGGAUUCCCCGACGUUGCCGCUCUUGGCGACAAUGGUGCCGAGGUCUUGAACGGCGACAAGAUCCUCAACGGCGGUACCUCGAUGUCUGCUCCCAUCUUUGCCGCCAUCAUUAACCGAAUCAACGAGGAGCGCAUCUCGGCUGGCAAGAAGCCCCUCGGUUUCGUCAACCCCGCUCUAUACAAGAACCCGUCCAUGUUCAACGACAUUACUUCUGGCGACCAGAGCGGCGGCGGCGGUAAUUGCAAUGGAAAAGGAUUCAAGGCCGCUUCUGGCUGGGACCCUGUUACCGGUCUCGGUACCCCCAAGUACCCCGAGAUGCUUGCCUACUUUAAGGAGCUGUAA